AUGGAGAAUGCGUCUGCAUUCACAAGAAGUUUUCCCUCCAAGGAAGAAGGGAUCGCACUAUGCAGCGCUCUAAUUUUAUCUUCGGUCCUUAUCAUUGCAGGAAACUCGCUAACUCUGGUUCUCUUUGCAGUUACCAAACCACUUCGUAGGAAAAGUUUAUUUUUAGUUAUGAACAUGGCGUUUGCUGAUUUGAUGUUAGGAGCGUUCACUCUGCCCUUUUACAUUUACCUCGUUGGAGAUGACUAUCAGCUUUGGACAGCAAAAUAUGACUUUGAACACAUGGCUUACAAAAUAUUUUACACAAGUUUCGAUGAUACGUUUUUGUUAGGCUCGUAUAUGUCUGCAGCCUCUAUUUCUUGUGAGCGAUUUUAUGCCGUAUUUUGGCCCUUUAAACACCGUUCAUUAUCCACCAGAACAUACCGCAUCGCCAUUUUCUUACUUUGGUCAUCCGCUGUCUUGUUGUCUACAUUAAUGACUUUGUUAAACGUUUCGAGUUCAUUUGAAUCUGUUUUGUAUGUUUUUAUCCCCGUGGUGUUGGGUCUAACAAUCAUCGUAUGUGUCUGUAAUAUCGCCAUCUGGAGAAAUUUUCAACACCAGAGUGUUGCUUCACAGCAUCGAAAUGGAGCUUCGCGAAACCGACGCUUAACAAAGACCCUACUUCUGGUUUCCAUACUAGCUUUAUUAUGUUGGCUUCCCAUAGUCAUCUUGAACAUUUUAAUCUAUAUAACUAAGACAUCAAUACCAUGGAAGUUUUAUUACAUGGUGAACAUUCUAAAUUAUUCUAACUCUUUUGUCAAUCCGAUUGUGUAUGUAUUCAGAAUUCCUGAGUUUCAGCAAGCGCUGCGUUUGUGUUGCACGAAGAGCAGACCAGCCAUUAAGAUGGUAAAAACUCAAAGGAAGAAACCGAACGGCUGCACUUAA